AUGGAUGCAAUGAGUGAUAGGGAAGGCCCUAGGCUUGUGAGCUCCACUGCACUUUGGAGGGGUGACCGCCGGCCAGCACAAGUCGUCCACGUAUCGCAGUUGGAGCAAGACUUUCAGCGAGCACCUCAACAGCGCGAAAGUGGGCCCUUACCAUUUGAUACAGAAUAUAGUCGAUGGUUGGAAGAACACACCAAACACAUCAAUGAAUUAAGGACUGCUGUCAAUUCACAUGCAAGUGAUCCUGAACUGCGAAGUAUUGUGGAUAAUGCCAUUGCACAUCACGAUGAGGUUUAUAGGAUGAAAGCAAAUGCAGCCAAGGGUAACGUAGAGCAUCUCUUGUCAGGGAUGUGGAAAACCCCUGCUGAGCGGUGUUUUAUGUGGAUUGGUGACUUCCGCCCCUCCUUACUGCUUAAGCUUCUAGGCAAUCAGUUAGAGCCUCUGAGUGAGCAACAGUUAUUAGCAAUUAAAAUGAUGCAGCGGACAUGCCAUGAAGCUGAAGAUGCUCUCUCACAAGGUAUGCAGGUGUUGGAGCAAUCCUUGGGGGAGGCAUUAGCCAACGGAUAUCCAUUUACUGACGGGACACCAGGGGAUGUAGGUAAUUAUAUGGUUCAAAUGGCAAGUGCUAUGUGGAACUUAGGGGUUCUUGAAGAUUUUCUCCUUCAGGCGGACAAUUUGCGUCGGCAAACAUUGGAACAACUGCAUCGCGUAUUGACAACCAGACAAUCAGCCCGUGCUCUUCUUGUAAUAAGUGGAUACUUCUCGCGUUUUCGAGUGCUAAGCUCUCUGUGGCUCGCCAUACUACGAGACCAAUAA